AUGACAGUUUGGAGCUGCUGUUGGAAAACUGUUGGAAACCUGUUGGAUGCAGAGCUCAUCGUUGUCGAAUCGAGUGGCCUGUUGGAUGCUGUUGGAUGCAAGGCUACCAACGUCUGCAAGCGCGGUGGAAGGAGAGCUUGUCAGGCACACACUUUUUUCGAUUUUCGACGUCGUGCGAUUCUACUGGAUUCCGUGCAAGGGCAAGACAUGGCUAGCAAGAGACAUCUCUCGCUUACUGAGACAACUGACCCUCCGCUGAGUCUUGUCUCACGGGCCCUGGAUGGAACAAUAAUAAGGCGUGAAUGA